CGUCUCCCAGCUACCUUUGCAUACCUGUCAUGAUAAAACCUUAAGGCCAUAAAAAAUCUCCAAUAGGUACCGCACUGGUUUCAACUAAAGGGACAUAUUGUAUUGACAAAAUGGAAUCGCCCGUGAAGAAAGGUUUCCUUAGACUGGAGAUACAGAAAACAACAUGGGAGGUUCCGGAGCAAUAUACCGCACUGAAAGCCGUUGGCUCGGGCGCUUACGGGACAGUAUGGUGAGUUGACUUUGUGAACGGUCAGUGCAAUCUGCGAUCCUUGGGACGUCACUACCCAAACACUAACCUUAACCCCUACCCUUACCCUUACCUUAACCAUAACCAUAACCCUUACCUAACCAUAACCUCAACCCUUACCAUAACCAUUUAAAAUGUAAACUUCAAUGGGGGUAGUGAUGUCCCAAAGAUCCUGGAUAGCACGAACCCUUUGGUUGAACGGGUAAUUAUUGGCAGGCAUCCCAGGAAUAACUUCACGCCAAACCAGCAUGUAUUUAUAUUCUUUAGAAUAUACCUCUGUAUAAAUACAGUUGUUCUCAAUCUCAGUCAUUGCAAAAAAUAUGUAGAAAAUAAAUAGAAUGUAAGGAACAACUUAGCCUGUAAUUGUUUAUUUAUUUUCAAUAACAUACUAAACUCUACAUUAUUGGUUUAAUAUCAGCUGUGUUUUUGUUGAAUUUUUUCAAUACAAAAAAAAAGACUCUGGACAUUGCUAACAGAGGCACUAUUGUAUUGCCUCAAGCAAAUAAGCAAGUUGAAGCAGGCUUUGAGAUAAGACAAGAAUUUUCCUCUCCCAGGAGCAAGCCCCAUAAUAACACAUAUUGAAACCCAGUUGUACCUCUGCCAGAUAUAGGUCUUAUGGAAUGUCUGAAAUCAAAUGUUAUUUGUAGGACUACAUAUAAUCAUUUGGCAAACUCUGACAUAAAAGUUAAUCAAAGAUUCUGCAGUCUUUGAUGACUUGAAAUCUGUCUGUUGGUACUAAGAGUAAAUCACAGGAGGUUGGUGGCACCUUAAUUGGGGAGGACGGGCUCAUGGUAAUGGCUGGAGCGGAAUUAGUGGAAUGGUUUCAAAUACAUCAAACACAUGCCAUUCCAUUUGCUCUAUUCCAGCCAUUAUUAUGAGCCGUCUUCCCCAUCAGCAGCCUUCACUGGAGUAAACCAUUCUAUCUAUAUCCCCCACAGUCUCUUGCUAUUGAGAGUAAACCAUUCGAUCUAUAUCCCCCACAGUGUGCUGCUAUUUAGAGUAAACCAUUAUAUCUAUAUCCCCCACAGUCUGAGACAGAAUUGUUAUAUCCAGAACUAAUGUACUUUGACUUUUGACCUUGUCUCAUUCAUUAGUUCUGCUAUUGACCAGCAGACCAAGGAGAAGGUGGCCAUUAAGAAGCUCUAUCGUCCAUUUCAAUCCCUGAUCCACGCUAAACGGGCCUACCGUGAACUACGACUGUUGCGCCACAUCCAGCAUGACAAUGUUAGUACUUGUUACCUACUAUUAUAGUGGGACAUCUGAGAUGCACUUCCCUGGACAGAGAAUCCAGUCAUUCAAAAAUGUAGCGGCCUUUCAUUACAAUGCAGUAAUUAUCACAAUCAGAAUAAUGUGCAGUCCUAUGGACACUAUUCAGCAUCCAGUUGUAUUGCUUUGCCUCUUUCCUAUGUGUUUAUUUAUGUUUGGAAAAGAGGAGUAGCGGCCAGUGUUUGCCAGUGGGCCAGUGUUUGCACUCAACACUUCUCAGUGAACAUACUGUCUACUUAUAGAACUGUUCAUCAGGCCUACUUGUUCUGUUACAGGUGAUGAAUAAGUCUUACUGCAAUGUAUAAUGUGUGUGUGGUCACUUACUGUGGGAGUAAACCCUUCCAUUCCUCUCCUUCUCCUUGUUUUUUUCCUAAAGGUCAUCUGCCUCCUCAAUGUCUUCACACCUGAUUUCUCCCUGGAGAAAUUCCAGACAUUGUGAGUGGUGAGCUGUGAACUGGCAUUCCUCUGCCAGUUGUUUCAGCUUGUUGACACAGGCUGCUCAGAGUGUAUCUUGGAGUUUUAGUUUCAUAGUGUGUGUGUGUUUUGUGUGUGUGUCUUUGUGUGUGUGUGCUUGCAUGCGUGCAGGUUUGUUCAUGUUUGUUUGUGCUUGGGUAUGUGAUAUCAUCUUACCUGAGAUAAAAAAUAUAUAUACAGUGAGGGAAAAAAGUAUUUGAUCCCCUGCUGAUUUUGUAUGUUUGCCCACUGACAAAGACAUGAUCAGUCUAUAAUUUUAAUGGUAGGUUUAUUUGAACAGUGAGAGACAGAAUAACAACAACAAAAUCCAGAAAAAUGCAUGUCAAAAAUGUUAUGAAUUGAUUUUCAUUUUAAUGAGGGAAAUAAGUAUUUGACCCCUCUGCAAAACAUGACUUAGUACUUGGUGGCAAAACCCUUGUUGGCAAUCACAGAGGUCAGACGUUUCUUGUAGUUGGCCACCAGGUUUGCACACAUCUCAGGAGGGAUUUUGUCCCACUCCUCUUUGCAGAUCUUCUCCAAGUCAUUAAGGUUUCGAGGCUGACGUUUGGCAACUCGAACCUUCAGCUCCCUCCACAGAUUUUCUAUGGGAUUAAGGUCUGGAGACUGGCUAGGCCACUCCAGGACCUUAAUGUGCUUCUUCUUGAGCCACUCCUUUGUUGCCUUGGCUGUGUGUUUUGGGUCAUUGUCAUGCUGGAAUACCCAUCCACGACCCAUUUUCAAUGCCCUGGCUGAGGAAGGAGGUUCUCACCUAAGAUUUGACGGUACAUGGCCCCGUCCAUCGUCCCUUUGAUGCGUGAAGUUGUCCUGUCCCCUUAGCAGAAAAACACAUCCAAAGCAUAAUGUUUCCACCUUCAUGUUUGACGGUGGGGAUGGUGUUCUUGGGGUCAUAGGCAGCAUUCCUCCUCCUCCAAACACGGCGAGUUGAGUUGAUGCCAAAGAGCUCGAUUUUGGUCUCAUCUGACCACAACACUUUCACCCAGUUCUCCUCUGAAUCAUUCAGAUGUUCAUUGGCAAACUUCAGACGGGCCUGUAUAUGUGCUUUCAUGAGCAGGGGGACAUUGCGGGCGCUGCAGGAUUUCAGUCCUUCACGGCAUAGUGUGUUACCAAUUGUUUUCUUGGUGACUAUGAUCCCAGCUGCCUUGAGAUCAUUGACAAGAUCCUCCCGUGUAGUUCUGGGCUGAUUCCUCAUCGUUCUCAUGAUCAUUGCAACUCCACGAGGUGUCGUAGCCGGCCGCGACCGGGAGACCCAUGGGGCGGCGCGCACAAUUGGCCCAGCGUCGUCCAGGGUAGGGGAGGGAAUGGCCGGCAGGGGAUGUAGCUCAGUUGGUAGAGCAUGGCGUUUGCAACGCCAGGGUUGUGGGUUCGAUAAAAAAAUUAUGUAUGCACUAACUGUAAGUCGCUCUGGAUAAGAGCGUCUGCUAAAUGACUUAAAUGUAAAUGUAAAAAUGAUCUUGCAUGGAGCCCAAGGCCGAGGGAGAUUGACAGUUCUUUUGUGUUUCUUCCAUUUGCGAAUAAUCUCACCAACUGUUGUCACCUUCUCACCAAGCUGCUUGGCGAUGGUCUUGUAACCCAUUCCAGCCCUGUGUAGGUCUACAAUAUUGUCCCUGACAUCCUUGGAGAGCUCUUUGGUCUUGGCCAUGGUGUAGAGUUUGGAAUCUGAUUGAUUGAUUGCUUCUGUGGACAGGUGUCUUUUAUACAGGUAACACGCUGAGAUUAGGAGCACUCCCUUUAAGAGUGUGCUCCUAAUCUCAGCUCGUUACCUGUAUAAAAGACACCUGGGAGCCAGAAAUCUUUCUGAUUGAGAGGGGGUCAAAUAAUUAUUUCCCUCAUUAAAAUGCAAAUCAAUUUACAACAUUUUUGACAUGCGUUUUUCUGGAUUUUUGUUGUUGUUAUUCUGUCUCUCACUGUUCAAAUAAUCCUACCAUUAAAAUUAUAGACUGAUCAUAUCUUUGUCAGUGGGCAAACGUACAAAAUCAGCAGGGGAUCAAAUACUUUUUUCCCUCACUGUAUAUUUGAUGUCUGGGUUAGGAUUUUUCUAAUAAAAAGCAUGAGCUGGCGCACACCCAGAGAACAUUAUUUAGUGUAGAGCUGCUGACUAACGGGGAAUUAACUGGAAGUCUAUCAAAACAAAGAGAGUCGCACACUCCAAAGAUAUAAACUCCCAGUAAUGCAUUGGGGUAAAUAAAUCACCCUGAAGAAGGCACAGUGAUGCAAAACGUCAGUGUUUUACCCAAUAAAUUACUGGGAGUUUAUAUAUACAGAGUGUGUGACUCUUUAUUUUUGAUAGCUUAUGGGUUAUGAUUCUUACCAUGAGACACAGUAUAUGAUAUAACCUGCAUUUGUUGUUAUGUAAUAUUAGCAUAUACUUGUAGCACUUAGUUGUAGGUGGUAGAACUAGUACAUGAUGUAUCGUAUCAUUCCAUUUCCCUGCUUGUAUUCUCUGUCACAGUUACAUGGUGAUAUUUUUUGCAUCUGACUAACUGUCCCUCUCUGUCCUUCAUUUUACAGUUACAUGGUAAUGCCCUUCGUGGCUGAGGAUCUCGGUCACAUCAUGAAGACGAGGAGAUUGACUGAUCGCAUCAUCGUUUACCUCUUCUAUCAGCUUCUACGUGGCCUUAAGGUGUUUACUACCACUUACAACUCACUAUGUUUACACACAGGCCUUUAAAUCAUGUUAUUACCAAUGUGAAGAUAAUGUUUUUAUUUAUUUAUUCAUCACCAAUGUAUCUAUUUCUGUCCUUUAGUAUAUCCAUUCAGCAGGGAUCAUCCAUCGGGUUUGCAUUAGAUUCUUAUCAAUAUACAUGAAACACAUUUCUACGUACAUUUAUUUGAGUGACCAGAUCGUAUAACAUCCAGCAAUACUUUUCUUUAUUCUUUAUUCUUUAGGACCUAAAACCUGGCAACCUCGCAGUGAACGAGAAUUGUGAAUUGAAGGUAAAUAAGAAUCAACCUGCAUUUCUACGUGUUUAUUAAACUGUACUUUACAUUUUAUAACCUUCACACAGUGAAAGAAACAUAAUGUACUUGAUUUAGGAAGAUGACACACUGAUGUUUAAAGACUACACUUUGUUUGACGGUUGUGAUCACAUAUGAGCCUCUCUUUUAAUAAGCUUGUCCUCACUUUUCCUUCACAUUUCCUUGCUUUCUCUUGCUUUCGCAGAUCCUGGACUUUGGUCUAGCGAGACAUGCAGAGAGUGAGAUGACGGGCUAUGUGGUGACACGCUGGUACAGGUCACCAGAGAUCAUCUUCAACUGGAUGCACUAUAGCCAGUCAGGUGACCUAUCGCCAACGCACGAUAUAUUUGGACUUCACUUUCCUUGCAUUGCAAACGCUUCUGGGGGUAUCUUACUCUUGUAUGAGUGGCUCAUUGGUAUCUCAUGUGUUAUAUAUUCUGUGUGUCUGUCUCCCUCUCAGUGGACUUGUGGUCAGCUGGCUGCAUCUUGGCUGAGAUGAUCACAGGCCAGGUUCUGUUCCCAGGCAACGACAGUAUCCUCUAAUGUUCCCUCUGACAUUUCCACUGUAUACUCACUCCUUUUACAGCAACACAAAAACAUAGAUUAUGUUCCUCAUCCUUUGCAUAUUGCUGAUGUAGUUAUCAUGUAGUUAUCUGAUGCAAUUAUCAUGUAGUUAUCUGAUGCAAUUAUCAUGUAGUUAUCUGAUGUAGUUAUCAUGUAGUUAUCUGAUGUAAUUAUCAUGUAGUUAUCUGAUGUAGUUAUCAUGAAGUUAUCUGAUGUAGUUAUCAUGUAGUUAUCUGAUGUAAUUAUCAUGAAGUUAUCUGAUGUAGUUAUCAUGUAGUUAUCAUGUAGUUAUCUGAUGUAGUUAUCAUGUAGUUAUCAUGUAGUUAUCUGAUGUAGUUAUCGUGUAGUUAUCUGGUGUAGUUAUCAUGAAGUUAUCUGAUGUAGUUAUCAUGAAGUUAUCUGAUGUCGUUAUUGUGUAGUUAUCGUGUAGUAAUCUGAUGUAGGUAUCAUGUAGUUAUCUGGUGUAGUUAUCAUGUAGUUAUCUGGUGUAGUUAUCAUGUAGGUAUCAUGUAGUUUUCUGAUGUAGUUAUCAUUUAGUUAUCUGGUGUAGUUGUCUUGUAGUUAUCUGAUGUAGUUAUCAUGUAGUUAUCAGGUGUAGCUAUCAGGUGUAGUUAUCUGGUGUAGUUAUCAUGUAGUUAUCUGAUGUAGUUAUCAUGAAGUUAUCUGAUGUAGUUAUCGUGUUGUUAUCUGAUGAAGUUAUCUGAUGUAGUUAUCAUGUAGUUAUCUGAUGUUGUUAUCAUGUAGUUAUCAUGAAGUUAUCAGGUGUAGUCAUCUGAUAUAGUUAUCUGAUGUAGUUAUCAUGUAGUUAUCAGGUGUAGUUAUCUGAUGUAGUUAUCAUGUAGUUAUCUGAUGUAGUUAUCAUGUAGUUAUCAUGUAGUUAUCAGGUGUAGUCAUCUGAUGUAGUUAUCUGAUGUAGUUAUCAUGUAGUAUCAGGUGUAGUUAUCUGAUGUCAGUUUAUCAUGUAGUUAUCUGAUGUAGUUAUCAUGAAGUUAUCUGAUGUAGUUAUCAGUGUAGUUAUCUGAUGAAGUUAUAUGAUGUAGUUAUCAUGUAGUUAUCUGAUGUUGUUAUCAUGUAGUUAUCUGAUGAAGUUAUCUGAUGUAGUUAUCAUGUAGUUAUCAGGUGUAGUCAUCUGAUAUAGUUAUCUGAUGUAGUUAUCAUGUAGUUAUCAGGUGUAGUUAUCUGAUGUAGUUAUCAUGUAGUUAUCUGGUGUAGUUAUCAUGUAGUUAUCUGAUGUAGUUAUCAUGUAGUUAUCAGGUGUAGUUAUCUGAUGUAGUUAUCUGAUGUAGUUAUCAUGUAGUUAUCUGAUGUUGUUAUCAUGUAGUUAUCAGGUGUAGUUAUCAUGUAGUUAUCUGAUGUAGUUAUCAUGUAGUUAUCAGGUGUAGUUAUCUGAUGUAGUUAUCUGAUGUAGUUAUCAUGUAGUUAUCUGGUGUAGUUAUCAUGCAGUUAUCUGGUGUAGUUAUCAUGUAGUUAUCUGAUGUAGUUAUCAUGUAGUUAUCAUGAAGUUAUCUGAAGUAGUUAUCUGAUGUAGUUAUCAUGUAGUUAUCUGGUGUAGUUAUCUGAUGUAGUUAUUAUGAAGUUAUCUGAUGUAGUUAUCUGUAUGUAGUUAUCUGAUGUAGUUAUCAUGUAGUUAUCUGAUGUAGUUAUCUGAUGUAGUUAUCUGAUGUAGUUAUCAUGUAGUUAUAAUGUAGUUAUCUGAUGUAGUUAUCAUGUAGUUAUCUGAUGUAGUUAUCUGAUGUAGUUAUCUGAUGUAGUUAUCUGAUGUAGUUAUCAGGUGUGGGUAUCUGAUGUAGUUAUCAUGUAGUUAUCUGGUGUAUUUAUCGUGUAGUUAUCAGGUGUAGUUAUCUGAUGUAGUUAUCAUGUAGUUAUCUGAUGUAAUUAUCAUGAAGUUAUCUGAUGUAGUUAUCUGAUAUAGUUAUCAUGUAGUUAUCUGAUGUAGUUAUCAGGUGUAGUUAUCUGAUGUAGUUAUAAUGUAGUUAUCAUGUAGUUAUCUGGUGUAGUUAUCAUGAAGUUAUCUGAUGUAGUUAUCAUGUAGUUAUCUGAUGUAGUUAUCAUGCAGUUAUCUGAUGUAGUUAUCAUGCAGUUAUCUGGUGUAGUUAUCAUGUAGUUAUCUGAUGUAGUUAUCAUGUAGUUAUCAUGAAGUUAUCAUGUAGUUAUCUGGUGUAGUUAUCAUGAAGUUAUCUGAUGUAGUUAUCAUGUAGUUAUCUGAUGUAGUUAUCAUGCAGUUAUCUGGUGUAGUUAUCAUGUAGUUAUCUGAUGUAGUUAUCAUGUAGUUAUCAGGUGUAGUUAUCUGAUGUAGUUAUCUGAUGUAGUUAUCAUGUAGUUAUCUGAUGUUGUUAUCAUGUAGUUAUCAGGUGUAGUUAUCAUGUAGUUAUCUGAUGUAGUUAUCAUGUAGUUAUCAGGUGUAGUUAUCUGAUGUAGUUAUCUGAUGUAGUUAUCAUGAAGUUAUCUGAUGUAGUUAUCAGGUGUAGUUAUCUGAUGUAGUUAUCAUGUAGUUAUCUGGUUUAGUUAUCUGAUGUAGUUAUCUGGUGUAGUUAUCAUGAAGUUAUCUGAUGUAGUUAUCAUGAAGUUAUCUGAUGUCUUUAUCGUGUAGUUAUCGUGUAGUUAUCUGGUAUAGUUAUCAUUUGGUUAUCUGGUGUAGUUAUCAUGUUGGUAUCUUGUAGUUUUCUGAUGUAGUUAUCAUUUAGUUAUCUGAUGUAGUUGUCUUGUAGUUAUCUGAUAUAGUUAUCAUGUAGUUAUCAGGUGUAGUUAUCAGGUGUAGUUAUCUGAUGUAGUCAUCUGAUGUAGUUAUCAUGUAGUUAUAUGGUGUAGUUAUCUGAUGUAGUUAUCUGAUGUAGUUAUCUGAUGUAGUUAUCUGGUGUAGUUAUCAUGAAGUUAUCUGAUGUAGUUAUCAUGAGUUAUCUGAUGUCUUAUCGUGUAGUUAUCGUGUGUAUUAUCUGGUAUAGUUAUCAUUUGGUUAUCUGGUGUAUUAUCAUGUGGUAUCUUGUAGUUUUUCUGAUGUAGUUAUCAUUUAGUUAUCUGAUGUAGUUAUCUGUGUAGUUAUCUGAUAUAGUUAUCAUGUAGUUAUCAGGUGUAGUUAUCAGGUGUAGUUAUCUGAUGUAGUCAUCUGAUGUAGUUAUCAUGUAGUUAUAUGGUGUAGUUAUCUGAUGUAGUUAUCUGAUGUAGUUAUCUGAUGUAGUUAUCUGGUGUAGUUAUCAUGUAGUUAUCUGAUGUAGUUAUCUGAUGUAGUUAUCUGAUGUAGUUAUCAUGUAUUUAUCAGGUGUAGUUAUCUGAUGUAGUUAUCUGAUGUAGUUAUCAUGAAGUUAUCUGAUGUAGAAUGUGUAGUUAUCUGAUGUAGUUAUCAUGUAGUUAUCUGAUGUAGUUAUCAUGUAGUUAUCUGAUGUAUUUAUCUGAUGUAGUUAUCAUGUAGUUAUCUGAUAAAGUUAUCUGGAUGUAGUUAUCAGUGAAUUAUCGGAUGUAGUUUAUCAUGUAGUUAUCAUGAAGUUAGUCUGAAGUAGUUUAUAUGAUGUAGUUAAUCCUGAUGUAGUUAUCUGAUGUCAGUUAUCUGAUGUAGUUAUCCUGAUGUAGUUAUCUGAUGUAGGGAUUCUGGUGUAGUUAUCAUGUAGUUAUCUGAUGUAGUUUAUCUGAAUGUAGUUAUCUGAUGUAGUGAUCAUGUAGUUUAUCAGGUGUAAGUUAUCGGAUGUAGUUAUCUGAUGUAGUUUAUCAUGAAGUUAUCUAGGUGUAGUUUAUCUGAUGUAGUUAUCUUGAUGUAGUUAAUCUGAUGUAGUUAGCUGAUGUAGUUAUCUGAUGUAGUUAUCUGAUGUAGUUAUCAAUGUAGUUAUCAGGUGUAGUUAUCUGAUGUAGUUAUCUGAUGUAGUUAUCAUGAAGUUAUCUGAUGUAGUUAUCUGAUGUAGUUAUCUGAUGUAGUUAUCUGAUGUAGUUAUCUGAUGUUGUUAUCUGAUGUAGUUAUCAUGUAGUUAACUGAUGUAGUUAUCGUGUAGUUAUCAAUUGUAGUUAUCUGAUGUAGUUAACUGAUGUAGUUAUCGUGUAGUUAUCUGGUGUAGAUAUCAGGUGUAGGUAUCUGAUGUAGUUAACAUGUAGAUAUCAGGUAUAGUUAUCUGAUGUAGUUAUUGUGUAGUUAUCAUUGUGCAGUUGCACAAAGUACAACACCAAUCAUGCAAUCAGACUGUUCACUGAUCAUUGCUGUAAAUAUUUUGCUUGAAGUGGUUUCCACUGUCUGCCUUGUGUGUCCCUACCCCCUCCUUGACCAUCCUGUUCAGGCAUUGACCAGUUGAUGAAGAUCCUCCACGUAACAGGAACACCACCGUCCUCCUUGCUGCAGAAGAUGCAGAGCAAAGAUGUAGGCCUACCGUCAUCUCAAUCUAAUGGCAGCUAUUCAGCUUGCAACGAUUCAAUGUAUCUUGGUGUUGAAGUCACAAGUUAUGGUCAGUAUGGGAUUAACUAGUAGGAAGGAGGAGAUAACGUUGACAGUUGAACAUUGUUGGUAUUGUCUUGCAGGCUCGUUCAUAUGUGCAGGGUCUCCCUAUCCAAAAGAAGAAAAACUUUAAGGAAGUAUUUCCCUCCUUGGAUGUACAUGGUGAGUUGAUCUAUCUAUCAUUAUUUUGCCAAUGGAACAUACUGCAUGGUGGUUAUGAAUAUCCAGUUAUUCAGUGAUGUUUUUCUGCUUUGUAUUGAGAACAGUUGAGGUCUGUGAUGACUCUUUAUUCCAUGCUCUAUUUCCUAAUGCCUCUCUCUCUCUCUCUCUCUCUCUCUCUCUCUCUCUCUCUCUCUCUCUCUCUCUCUCUCUCUCUCUCUCUCUCUCUCUCUCUCUCUCUCUCUCUCUCUCUCUCUCUCUCUCUCUCCUUCUCUCUCUCUCUCUCUCUCUCUCUCUUCAUGUCCUGUGUGUACAUCUGUCCAGCGGUGGAUCUGCUGGACAGCAUGCUGCUGCUGGACCCAGACACUAGGAUGACAGCUAAAGAGGGCCUCUCACACCCCUACCUCUCUGAGUUCCAUGAUCCAGAAUCUGAACCCGACUCCCCACCGUACGACGACUCCUUUGAAAGCAUGGAGCUUGACGUGGGAGAGUGGAGUAGUGAGUAUAUCUUGUCUAUGACUGAUUGCAUCGUUGCACAUGUUGAUAGCAUUUAUCCUGAAUUACCCACUGCUCUUAGUGCCCUACAGUUACAGUUCUGCAAAGUAGCCAUUUUAGGAAAUUACAUUUUAAAAUACUGUAUGGUGUGCUUCAUGUGGUAAAAUUCUAAAAUGCUUAGUCUUUUCCUGUUAGGUCUGAUCCACAUGGAGAUUAUGACUUUUGACCCCAGCAACCCCAGUGCCACUGCAAUGUAGCGGACAGACACUACAGAGCACUGGCUCCCCCAGCUUAUAAAAAGUAUCACAUUUCACAACAUGGUUUUAUGACUUCAUCAAACAUUAUACAUGAUACUGGUAUGUCUACAUUUUCAUGGAUCCCUCAUGUUUUAAGGAUAGAUCAUGGUUUUAACUUGUUUUAAGGUAAACAUUUUCAGAAUGCUUUGUAAAUGCCUAUGAAUGAUGUACAAACUUUUAAUAUAGUAGUAGUAUUAUCAUUGUAAAUAUAGUAAUGUGGUACUCGAUCACACCAUUUGCACAAGUUUAUACAAUUGGCUACAAUCUAUGUAUGAACAAUGUUUUAAUCUUGACUGAGUAAAACCUCAAAUCAAUCUCAUCUAUGAACACAUUCUCAUCUCUGACUCAAUUAGCAUUUACCGAAAUAAAGCAUGUUUUGGUAUCUUAACUGAAAAAUGAUGUUUAAUGCCAGAAAACAAAAUCUCAAUGAAUAUAUGCACAUAGUAUACAGUAGACGGCACCUGUUCAGUAUAAUAUAUAAAGUUCUUAUGUUGCUCUUUUUAUAGUGAAUGGGUUAGAUAGGACAAGGUACCAUUUCAGUUCUGUUACAGCAGUGGUGUUAAGUAAAUAAGUAAAAAAUACUUUAAAGCACUACUUAAGUAGUUUUUUGGGG